GGAAGUGGAUGGGAAUUGUUGGGAGGUGUUGAAUUUGGAAACUGGAGGGGGCACGGUGGUGAACGGCGCUCACUGUGUGGCUUUGGCGAUACUGAGGAGUCAGGUUGUAGAGACCAAAUGAGUUUCUCAAAAGGGCUGAGGACAGGGUGCAUGGAGUUGGUGUCAAUGGAGGAGCAGGAUGCCAGGGUCCCAGCCUUGGAACCAUUCAGGGUGGAGCAGGCACCACCUGUAAUCUACUAUGUCCCUGACUUCAUCUCCAAAGAAGAGGAGGACUAUUUGCUUCGACAGGUCUCUAAUGCCCCAAAGCCAAAGUGGACCCAGCUCUCUGGGAGGAAGUUACAGAACUGGGGUGGGCUCCCUCAUCCCCAGGGCAUGGUCCCUGAGCGGCUACCCCUGUGGCUCCAGCGUUACGUGGAUAAAGUGUCUGACCUCAGCCUUUUUGGGGGUCUCCCAGCCAACCAUGUCCUUGUGAACCAGUAUCUGCCUGGGGAGGGCAUCAUGCCCCACGAGGAUGGGCCACUGUACUACCCGACCAUCAGCACCAUCAGCCUGGGCUCCCACACCAUGCUGGAUCUCUAUGAGCCACGGCAGGCAAAGGAUGAUUACAAAGCUACAGAGGAGCCUCGGCCCCCACCCAAGCCCACCACCUCGCUGCUGCUCGAACCGCGCAGCCUGCUGGUGCUCCGUGGGACCGCCUACACCCGCCUCCUCCACGGCAUCGCGGCUACCCGUGUAGACGCCCUGGAUGCCUCUUCCUUGCCACCCAAUGCAACCGCCUGCCCAUUGGCGCGGCCCGGAGCGCGCCUGGCCCGUGGCACUCGCGUCUCACUGACCAUCCGCCGCGUUCCCCGCGUGCUGCGUGCCAGCCUCCUCCUCAGCAAGUGACCUCAUGGACC